UACAUAGAUAGCAGGAAGUUUUACUGUUAACAACACGACCGUCAGUCACUUACUCUCUCUCUCAGUGUGUUUUCUCUUUAGUGUGGACCUCUGUCUGAAAUGUUUUUUUAAUGGCAGGGACUUAGACUGACAGUAUUCUAACUUCAUAAUGAUAGUUCUUCGAGCAGUUUUGGUUUUUGUGUGUGUGUCGCUGUCGUGCGCGGUGAGGGUUUCGACAUGGCCUCCCCUCAACUGCUCCAGACAGGGUUUGAAGUGCAGAGUCACCACCAGUAACUGUAUGGACAGUAAAUGGCUGGAUGUGCAUCAGUACACUCCCAGCAGUCCAGAGGGGCUGCAGGUGUCUGUGGGCACCAGGCGGGAUGAGGCAGGACAGCUUCAGCCUGUCCUGAUGGCAAACUGGACGAUAAGGGAUGAUGGCAGCAUCGCUGGGCUGAAAGCCACCGAGCUUCAUGUUCUGGUAAUCACCACCAACCAGAACCUUUGUGUUCGAUAUUCUUUUGAAGACAGGCUCCCAAUGAGGAGUCCAUCAGGGGAGAAGUGGUCAUUCUCAGCUAACAUGCUGGUGCUGGACCCUGGUCAAAAAUACCAUGUCUCUGUCUUUAACAUCCCCAAACCAGAGAUGGGCCACAGCAUGUACGACGUCAGCAGAGAUGUCAGCGUUCCUGAUUGUCAAGAUCCCAGAAUGCAGGUGACCCAGUUUUGCAUAGAGAGAGGAAGUCUGUGGCAGCCCAACAUCAGUCUGACUCCGAUCACUGCAGUCAGUGGAAGAUCUGCACUGGCUGUCAGCUUCACUCCUCAUACACUCUGUGAGGAGUACAUAGUCAUUGUUAAGUGCUCCACUACCCAGCAUGUAGUCCGUACAUACAAGGCUAAUCAGACGACCCUGAAUGUAACAUUCAGCCUUGAUAAAUGGCCGAGAUCUUGCUGCCAGUUUGAUGCUCAGAUCAGUCCUCUUUUCCCACAAUGUGGCCCGGACUGCGUCCGUCGAAAGAGAACUCUGGAUAUUUGUCCUGCGGUGCCAACAGAUGCCCCUGAUGACCCUGUGUACCUGUACAUUUUUGUCGCCCUGGGAGUGGCAUUAAUGUGUGUUGUGAUGGCAGUUACUAUGUACAUCUUCUGCCGAAAGCGAGGCAAACCUGUUGAUCUUGGAGCACCUGUCAGACAGAAGACACCGCAGGAGCAGCAGCUUAACCAAUCUCCCAAAGUGCUGGUCAUCUACUCCCAAGACCACCACCUCUACAGGGAUGUAGUGCUAAAGCUCUGCGCCUUUCUCCAGGCCAAGUGUGGCACCAAGGUGCUGGUGGACCUGUUAGACACCACCUCGGUCGGAAUGGUGGGGCGCAUUUGCUGGCUUGAGUGGCAAAGACAACAGCUUAAAAAUCCUUCAGACAAAAUCCUGGUGCUGUGCUCGCAAGGAGUACAGGCAAAGUGGAAGGCCAUGUGCGGUCAAGGCCGGGUGACACUGAGGGAAGAUGUUCUCUCCCCUACUGACGAUAUGCUCACUCCCUUUCUCAAACUCUUCUUACCUGAUAUGUACCAACCAGGCAUGCAGGGCAAGUACGUGGUGGCUUACUUUGAUGACAUAAGUAGCGAUCAAGAUGUGCCAUCAGUUUUUGACAUCACAGUCAAAUACAAGCUGAUGAAGCAUUUUGAAGAGCUGUACUUCCGCAUCCUAGACAUGGAGAAGUAUCAACCAGGUCAGGUCAACCAUAUCAAAGGCAUUGGCGGAGAUGAUUAUUUUGAGUGUCCCUCAGGUAAAGCCUUAAAGAAUGCCAUUGAAACCUUCCAGACCUACCAGGUGGAAAAUCCUGAUUGGUUUGAGAAGGAGUGUGUGGAGAGUGAGGAGGAGGUCAAGACUGAGGCUAACCCACUCAUUGACCAGCUGCAGAUCCCUCCAGUCCUAGAGUGUGUUCCUUUAAUUAGGAAGGGGUCUCCUGUAUACAUCCAUGAGGUAGAAAUCCAUGAAAAUUGCGACAGUGUUCAUGUCCUUACACCUGAACUGAACCCAGAACGCGAGCUGUCAUCAGUGGUAGAACUUACUCCAGCAGUGUACCCUGAGUUUGAACAUCAGUAUCCGUCAAAUCUGAGUGAAGUGUGGCCAGAUCACCUUUAUCCUCACAGCCCCAGUCCAUCUGUCUACAUAGCUGAACCUGUUUUGAACAGCCUGCAACCACCAAGACAGAACUGGCUCUCCCUCAAGGAAGAACCUGUGGGUCAAAUUCCCACCGAGGAGGAGGAGGAUUCCCUGCUACCUAUCAGCCAACUCUCUGCUCAUUCGUACCAGAGAAGCUUGGCCCAAAACAACUCACUGGACUCAACACCUCAAGAAUUCUCUUGUACCAGCAUGCAGAGUGAAUAUCUCCCUCCAUCUGAAAUCAGCCACUCUCAGCCCGUGGAGAUGGAGGAGGACGAGGUUCUGGAACCCAGUGGAAAGGGUCCAAGCAGUGGAUCUGAUCAAGGCUACAUCUCCAAAAUGUCCUCCCAGCAGGAACCCCCUUUCAAAGAGGAUCCACUGGUGGCUCUGCGAAGGCUGCAGGAGGAGCUGUUUCAUAAUGCAUACUCAGACUUAGAUCCUGAAGGGUACUGAUACUCUCAGUCCAAAGUCUAUCCAUCCAUUCAUCCAUCUAUUUUUGUCCGCUUACCCAGGGCUGGGUCGUGGGGGCAGCAGGCUGUGCAAGGUACUCCAGACAUCCCUCUCCCCAGCAUAAUUUUCCAGCUCCUCCUUUGAGAUCCCAAGGCAUUCCCAGGCCAGAUGAUAUAUUUAAUCCAUCUAGCAUAUUCUGGGUCUGCCCUGGGGUGUCCUACCAGUUGGACGUGCCCAGAAAACCUCUAAUGAAAGGAGGCAUCCUGAUCAGCUGCCUGAACCACCUCAACUGGCCCCUUUCAAUGUGAAGGAGAAGCGGCUCUACCCUAGGCUCCUCUGGAUAUCUGAGCUCUUCACUCUAUCUCUAAGGCUGAGCCCAGACACCCUACAGAGGAAACUCAUUUUGGCUGCUUGUGCGCGUGAUAUCUUCUUAUCAGUCACUACCCAAAGCAUAUCACCAUGGGUGAGGGUUGGGAGGUAAAUAGACUGGUUAAUCAAGAGCUUUGCUUUCUGGCUCAGCUCCCUCUUCGCCACAACAGUUUGGUACAGAGCCUGCAUCACUGUCGACAAUGCACCAAUCCGCCUGUCCAUCUCCCACUCCAUUUUACCCUUACUUGUGAACAAGACCCUGAGAUACAUGAACUCCUUUGGUUAGGACAAGAACUCACUCCCAAUCCAGAGGUGGUAAUCCACCAUUUUCCAGCAGACAGCCAUGGCUUCAGAAUUGGAGGUACUGACUCUCAUUCUGACUGCGUCACACUUGGCUACAAACCACCCCAGUGUCUGCUGAAGGUCACGGUCUGACCAUGACCAGUCCAAAAUCUACACUUAUAAAUAUGCACUAAACCCUCAACGACUUUAACCGGCAUCACCUGAAUGUAGGAAGGUUUAAGUGCUCCAAACAAAGACAUGUUUCUGUGACCAGUAAAGUGUGGGGCCUGUAUGUAACAUAUCCAAUGUUGAUGAGUUUCAGAAUAUGUUGUUUGAUCAAAACAGAUUCAGACAAAUCAAUGUGAUCGUGCCGUAGAACAAAAAAGUAGACACAGUAGCUGCAAUGAAUGCGUAGGUUUAUUUGUCAGUUUUAUACAAACUGACACACAAAGGUGUGUAUCUCAUCUGAAAAAAACUGUUACGUACAGAAACCUUGCACACUGAUUCUACUGCAUUUUAUUGUUCUAUUUGUUAUGCAAAAAUUCGUAACACGUGACAAAGUGAAAAAAAAAAUGCAUUUCCUCCUUUGCCUCUCCACUAGUCUGAGUGGGCGGAAGUUCGCUGCAUAGAUCAGCCUCUCAUUGGGCGGAACGAGCCACCCGCUGAAGUCCCGCCCUACCACCUCUGGUUGUGUAGCAGUUUUCAACACGUCCUUUACUAACUUUUGUGGUGUUUGAUUUUGCGGGGAUGUAGCCAUUUUUCUGCCAUGGUUCGCGUCCUGUAGGUGAUAUUUUUGUGGGUGUGUUACACCACAACCUGUUUCCCCCCGGCAAUAUUUUUGCAAGCGCACCGUUGCUGUGGCACCGCCAAGAACGAUUGUGAUUGGUUGAAAGAAAUAAAAAAAGCCAGGGAGUUUUUUUCUCCAAUCUUAAAGUGAGAGUUGGCGCAGUGAGUGAGACUACCUCUCCACUGGUUACCUAUCUGGCUGUCACCACUCCCUCCUUGUCUGUCAUUUGGCACCGUAUCUGCAAUCAGAAGGCGGAGCUGUCCUCCACAUUCUGUUUGCGGUCCACAUCCUCCUCCUCUUCAUCAUCAUCCACCUGACUAUUACUAUCUGACCUGUUGAAAGUGAGCUGUCUGAGUUCUGAAUUGAUUCUGUGCGUCCUUAUUCUUCUGAUAAGGUCAAACAGCUCUCUUAAGCAGUGUUUUUCAAACUUUUUGUGUCCAGGGCAUACCAAAGCCAAAAUAUCAAGGCACACCUGUAUUUAUAUCUGUGCACAAAAGACUCAAUAACAUGUUGUCACUCUUAUCACAACAUAAAUGUAAUGUAAUAAUAGUAAUACCAAAUAACAAUUGACAACCAACUAUUACUCAUGAAAUAUUUAUUAACAAAAUUAUUUAAGAAUUAAUUUUAAACUUUUUAAAAUAACAUCAAAGCACCAAUAACACAUCAAUUUAAAUGGAAAAUAAUGUUAGAUAAUGUGAUAUGUAACACACUUAUAAUUCCCUCGCAGGAACGGUGACAAAUAUGUUCCCUGUGAAAGGUUUUUUAAAUUAAAUCAAAUUACAUUUUUUUAGGUAGAGUUUGCCUCUUUAUUAGGAAAUGGGUGCGCACAACAUACUGAUUAAAGAUCAAAAUUAAAAAUUAAUUCAUAACUUAUGAUAUAGGCCCAGAUGAAUAUUGCAGUAAUAAUGUGUGGUUAUCACAAUAUCCCACAGCACAGGAUUUCCACCAUUUGAGUACCACUGCUUAUAUGUCAAAAAACAAUUCCAUUAAACCCUGUGGAGCUCAAGAUUUUAAAAUGUAUCUCCUCUUAUAAUGUUUUAAGCAGACACUCCUAACUCCAGUGUAAUAGAUACUGUUGGUAUAAAGAUUUAUACACAUUUUCAAAAUUCUUCUUAGUAUAAUUAACUUAUUUUUAUUUCCAUACUCCCGAUACUGUCACAUACAAACACCAUUCCAACAUCCAUACUUUUUGUCUAACAUAAUAGUUUUGUAAAAAGUGGUGGGGACAUUGUCCCCCCUGUAAAUCACGCCCCUGAAUAGUGUUUUGAAAGACUGACAACAAAAUCUGAGGUUUACUGUUGAGGCUCUACAUUGAUGAUUUUUUUUCCUACAUUCAAAUAUUGACAUUGACAUAAUUUUAUUUUAAUGUGAUGUGUUGUCUUUCUAUCCUUGAUAGGAUUAAAAUUUUUUGACAGUGAAGGUCUUUGUGAAAUAAUGUCACGAAUGGCACUCACCUUUGUUGUGUUUAGAGCACUUAUCAUUUUCUUUUGUUAUUAAAUAAUCCAUAAUAAAUAUCAUAUACAAACCA